AUGGCCCCUAGGGGCGCCGAGCGAGAUAGCCCGGUUUCCCGCGUGCGCGUGGUGGAGGUGGGAGGGGGGUGGGAAUGAUGGAGUUGUUCAGUACGGCCUCGAUGAGGAAUAAGGUGGGCGUGAAUUCGCUAACCCCGGGGUGGCUUGUCCGGAAGCGGACGCCAUGGGCGAAAUAAAGUGGGACGGGGUGUAGCCACGGAGGUCGGAAGAGCCGCAAUUCCCAGAGCCUGAAAGGAGCCCUAUUGGGUUCGCCAAGAAGGGGGUACCGGGGCAUGGCGGUGCCUGACCCCGGGACUGGCGGUCAAGUUCUUUUCCAGGUUGUCGGUCCCCUUCACAAACCGGAGCGCCUGUCGAGGCAAUCUCCAUUUGUGGUGUGUGUGUGGUGUGUUGUGUGUUGUAUGUCCUGCCUAAUGUUACAUGGUCAUCCACAGGUUGUCUUUCAUUAUUUUCUCCCUAGAUGCCGGCACGUUAGAUUUGUGUCCAUGGUGAAAUGCAUUCUCCUUCAUCCCCCUCUCCUCUUCUCACAGUGGAUGCCUGUCCCCACACACACCACACCUGGAAACCACUUUGGGCAAACUGGGCCCAUUGAGUAUCAGUAAUGAACGUGAUCUGAUUUGACAAGGAGCAGUGAGGAAGACCCAGUGGUGAUGAGAACAAGGAAUAGAUUAAUGGUGUCCUCAAAAAACCGUCCAGCUGUCUGUUAUUUUCCAGAAGCAGCUACUUCCUCAUACCACUCUCUACGCUUAACACUUACUUCCUGUCCUGGUCAGGGGACAUCUCGCACCUUCAAUGGUUGAGUGAAUGAUUGAGUGGACUAAGAUCGAAUCUUACUUUACAUACACGGCUCCGCUGCUCUUUCGUAUGUGGCAGGCUUGCCAACUAUUGCAGACUACAAAGGUAGCACAGACCGAGCUGCCCAUUGACACGAGCCUACAAAUGAGCUAAACCCUUCUGGAGCAUCAUCUGGUUUCCGGAACUACUGUGUUAAUUCACGCUUUCCGUAGCCUGAUGUGAGUAAGACCUUUAAACAACGGAUCAACAUUCAAACGGCCCGCGGCCCAGACGGAUUACCAGGACGUGUACUCCGCUCAAUACCGCUGACCAACUGGCAAGUGUCUUCACUGACAUUUUCAAUCUUCUCCCUGUCUGAUAUCUGUAAUACCACCAUGUUUCAAGCAGACCAACCAUAGUCCCCUGUGCCCAGAACACUAAGGACCCUCCUAAAUGUCUACCGACAUCGUAGCACUCCCGUCUGUAGGCCGUGAAGUGCUUUGAAAAGGCUGGUCAUGGCUCACAUCAAUCACCAUUAUCCCCCGAAACCCUAGACCCACUCCAAUUUUGCAUACAUACCGCCCCAGAAGAUCCACAGAUGAUGAAAUCCUUGCGCUCCACAGGCCCUUUACACCUGACAAAAGGAAACCUAGUGUGAGAAUAAUAUUCCUUGUACUACCGCUCGCGUUCAACACCAUAGUUCACGCAAGCUCAUCACUAAGCUAAGGACCUGGACGGAAACACUCCCUCUGCAACUGGAUCCUUGAAUUCCCUAACGGGCCGCCCCCAGGUGUAAAGGGUAGGUACAACACAUCCGCCACGCUGAUCAGCUCAACCGAGGGCCCCUCAGGGGUGUCGUGCUCAGUCCCUCCUGUACUCCCCUGUUUCACUCAUGACUGCAUAGCCGCACGUACUCCACACAAUCAUUAAGUUUGCGAUGACACAACAUUGGUAGGUGGCCUGAGCCACCGCAAACGAGGAGAUCGCCUAUAGGGAGAGGUCAGAGACCUGGCCGUGUUGUGCCCGGAUAACAACCUCUCCUCACGUGAUCAAGACAAAGAGGAGAAUGAUUGUGGACUACAGAGAAAAGAAGAUCACCCCCAUUCUGCAUCAACAGGGUCUGUAGUGGAGCCAGUUGAGGAGUCCAAGUUCUUGGUGUCCCAUCACCAACAACUACAUGUCCAAGCACACCAAGACAGUCGUGAAGAGGGCAUGACAAAACCUUUCCCCCUAAGGAGAUUUGGCAUGGUCCUCGAGUCCUCAAAGUUUCUACGAUCUGCACAAUCGUAGAGCAUCCGACUGGUUUGCUCACUAUCCUGGUAUGUCAAACUUGCUCGGCCCAACUACCGCAAGCCCUACGAUGUGGUGCGUACGGGCCAGUACAUCACGGGGCCAAGCUUCCCUGCCAUCCAGACCUCUAUCCCAGCGGUUGUCAGAGGAAGGCCCUAAAAAUGUCAGACUCCCGCCACUCAGUCAUAGACUGUUUCUCUCUGAUACGCACGGCAAGCGGUACCACAACCGAGCGGCCCAAUCUAGGUUCAAAGGGCUUCUAAACUAAAACAUUUUCUAAUGCUACCCCAAGCCAUAGACUCCUGAAAUCUAUCAAUGGCUACCCAGACUAUUUUGCAUUGCCCCCCCCCGCUUUUAACGCGCGGCUACUCUGUUUAUUAUCUAUGCAGAGUCACUUAUAACUCUACAUACAUUACAUAUUACCUCGACUAACUGUGCCCCCGCACAUUACUCGUUACUGGUAUCCCCCUGUUAUAGGCCUCGUUAUUGUCUUUUAAUUUUGCUCUUUUUAUUUGUAAUUGUACUUUUUAUUUGUUGUAUCUUUCUUAAAACUGCAUUGUUGGUUGUAAAGGCUUUUAGAAGUAAGCAUUUCACUGUAAGGUCUACACCUGUUGUUUCGGCGCAUGUGACAAUCCCAUCUGAAAGAGAGAGAGAGAGAGAGCAAACACACAUUUGACCUUAGAUCCAUCCAUGCAUGUUUCUGUAUCGCUCCUCAAAUCCAUUUACACCCUCUCCAUCAAUCUCCGGGCCCACCCCCCCCCCUUCUUCAGCCUCCAAUUCCCACAUCUCUCUCUCGCCUCUCAAUGCUAACACGCCCCCUCCCUCUCUCUCAUGUCUCUCUCAUGCCCAAUCUCUCUCUCUCCCUCUCUUUCCUUUCUCCUCUCGCUCUCUCUCUCCCCUCUCUUUCUUUCUCUGGGUCUCUUUCUUUCUCUCUCUCUCCUCUCUCUCUCUCUCCUCCUCUCUCCCAUCGUCUCCUCUCUCUCUCUCCUCCGCGUCUCUCUCUCUCUCUCGUCUCAUCGUCUCUCCUCUCUCCCUCGUCUCCAUCUCUCUCUCGCUCUUCAUACUCCAUGCCUGUGUGUAUGUCUAUGUGGUGGUUCACUGCCUUCUGACCUCAUCUGAAUGAGCUAAAACUGUGCUGGAUCGCAACCAAUCCUCACCCCUCCGCUCCGCUCUCACUUUAUCCAUCCGUCGCUCAACGCUCCGCUCCUCUCUCAUAUAGACUCUAUCCAUCCUUUCACUCGUUCUGUCAUCACUUAAUCUAUUCUGCCUCUCUCUCAUACACUCUAUCCAUCCCUUUCACACCCCUUAUCCAUCUCGUCACUCCUCUGUCUAUCUCAGGUCCUCCUCUCUUCCUCUGUCCUAAUCAGUCCUCCUCGCUUUCCCUGUCUGGUAUCAGUCCCUCCUCUCAAUACCUCUAUCAGUCCGCCUCGCAUUUCCUCUGUCUGUAUCAGUCCCCUCAUCAUUUCUUUCUCUGUAUCAGUCCCUCCUCCUCUCAUUCCUCUGUCCUGUAUCAGUCCUCCUCUCAUUCCCUCUGUAUCCAGUUCAUUCUCUCAUUCCUUGUAUCAGUCCUUCUCUCAUUCCUCUGUAUCAGUCCCUCAUUCCUCUGUCUGUAUCCGUCCUUCUCUCAUUCCUCUGUCUGUACAGUCCUUCUCUCAUUCCUCUGUAAUCAGUUCGUCUCUCAUUCCUCUGUAUAGUCCCUCCUCUCAUUCCCUCUGUAUAAGUCCUCUCCAACCUCUGUAUCAGUCCUCUCCUCAUUCCUCUGUACAAGUCUCCUCUCACUUUCUCUGUCUUGUAUCAGUCCUCCUCCAUACCUCUGUAUGUAUCAGUUCUUCUCUCAUUCCUCUGUAUCAGUCCCCUCUGUUCCUCUGUAUCAGUCCUUCAAUCCUCUGUAGUGAAGUUCUUCUCUCAUUUUCUGUAUCAGUCCUCCCGUCUGUCCUCUGUAUCCAAGUCCCCGUCUACUCAUUUCCUCUGUAUCAUCCUCCUCUCAUUCCUCUGUAUCAUUCUCUCUCAUUCCUCCUGUAUCAGUCCAGCUAUCAUUCCUCUGUAUCAUUCCUUCUCUCAUUCCUCUGUAUCAGUCCCAUCUCUCAUUCCUCUGUAUCAGUCCUUCUCCUCUCAUUCCUUUUAAUCAGUCCUCUCCAUCUCUGUAAUCAUUCCUCCUCUCAAUUCCUCUGUAUCAGGUUAUUCUCUCAUUCCUCUGUAUCAUUCCCUCCUCUCAUUCCCUUCUGUAGCAGUCCUCCUCCUCUCCAUUCCUCUGUAUCAGUCCCUCCUCUCAUUCCUCGGUGUAUCAGUCCAUCUCUCAUUCUGUGUAUCAGUUCCUCCUCUCAUGCCUCUUAAUCAGUACGUCUCUCAAUCCGCUGUCAUCGUCCCUCUCUCUCUCAUUCCUCUGUAUCAGUCCAUCUCUCAUUCAUCUGUAACAGUCCAUCUCUCUUCCCUGUAUCAGGCCUUCUCUCAUGCCUUUGUAUCAAGUCCUCCUCUCAUUCCUCUGUUCAUUUAGUCCUCAUUCCUCUGUAGCAGGGGGGGGGGGGUCCUCCUCUCAUUCCUCUGUCUCAGUCCUCCCUCAUUCCUCUGUAUCAGUCCUCCUCUCAUUCCUAUGUAUCAGUCUCCUCUCAUUCCUCUGUAUCAGUCCUUCUCUCAUUCACUCUGUACUCAGUCCUCCUCUCAAUCCCUCUGGUAUCAGUCCUCCUCUCAUUCCUUCCUCUGUAUCAGUCCAUCUCUCAUUCCUGUGUAUCAGUCCUUCUCUCAUGCCUUCUGUCUCAGUCCUCCUCUCAUGCCGCUGUUAUCAGUCAAAUCUCUCAUUUUCCUCUGUAUCAGUUCUUCUCUCAUAUCAUGUGUAUCAAGUCCUCCUCUCUGCCCUGUAUCAUCCGUUCUCUCAAUCCUCUUAUAGUCCCUCCGCUCAUUCCUCUGUGCAGUCCUCCUCUCAGUCCGCUGUCCUGUAUCAGACCUCCUCUCAUUCCUCUGUAGCAUUCCUCCUCUCAUUCCUCUGUAUCAGUCCUUCUCUCAUUCCUCUGUAUCAUUCCCGGGUCUCUCAUUCAUCUGUUCAAGUCCUCUUCUCAUUUCCUCUGUAUCUUCCUCCUCUCAUUCCUCUUUAUCAGUCCUCCUCUCAUUCCUCUGUAUCAGUCCAUUCUCUCAUUCCUCUGUAAUCAGUCCUCCUCUCAUUCCUCUGUAUCAGUCCAUCUCUCAUUCCUCUGUAAUCAGUCCUCCUCUCAUUCCUCUGUCUGUAUCAUCCUCCUCUCAUUCCUCUUUAUCAGUCCUCCUCUCAAUCUCUGUACCAGGGUGCCUUCUCUCAUUCCCUGUAUGAGUCCGCCUCAUCAUUCGCUCUGUAAUCAGUCCACCUCUCACUUCCCACUGUAUGCAGGCCGCCUUCUCAUUCCUCUGUAUCAGUCCUUCCUCUCAUUCCUCUGUAUCAUCCCUCUAAUUCCUCUGUAUCAGUCCAUCUUUAAUUCCUCUGAUCAUUCCCUCCUCCUCCCCCCAAUUUCCCCCCCCAUCUGUCUAUAUCAGACCUCCUCAUCAUUCCUCUGCUGUAUCAGUCCUCCUCUCAUUCCUCUGUCUGUUAUCAGUCCUCCUCUCUUCCUCUGUAUCAGUCCUCCUCUCAUUACAAUUCAUAUCUCGGCUGUAUCAGUCCUCCUCUUUCAUUCUCUGUUCCAGUCCUCCUCUCAUUCCUCUUAUCAGUCCUCCCUCAUUUCUCUGUAUCAGUCCUCCUCUCCUCGCUCAUCCUCUGUUAUCAGUCCUUCUCCUCUCAUCUUCUGUAUGAGCCCCUCCUCUUCAUUCCUCUGUAAUCAGUCCUUCUCUCAUUCCUCUGUAUGAGUCCUCCUCUCAUUUCCUUUGUAUCACAGUUCUCUCAUUCAUCGUAUCAUCCUUCUCUCAUUCCUCUGUAAUCGGUCUUCUCUCCUUCCUCUGUAUCAUUCCUCCUCUCAUGCCUCUGUAUCAGGUCCUUCUUCUCUCAUUCCCUCUGUAUUCGUCCUUUCUCUCCAAUCCUCUGUAAUCAGUCCUUCUCUACUCUCAUUCCUCUGUAUCGGUCCUUCUCUCUUUGCCCUCUGUAUCUGUCCUCUUCUCUUGCCCUCUGUAAUCGGUUCCUUCUCUCCGCCUCUGUAUCGUCCUUCUCUCAUUCCACUGUAAAAUCGGUCCUUCUCUCGUUGCCUCUGUCCUAGCCGUGUUCCUUUUUCAAUUACUAUAUGCAAUCCCUCACUUCACCUCACUCAUUCUUCUCUUUCCUAUAUCCCUCAUUCCUCUUUUCAUUUUUCUCUUUCCUCAUUUUCUCUCAAUCUAAUCAGCCUCUACUUCCCCGCUUUUUCAACCUCACUCAAUUCAAUUCUAUUCAAUUUGCUUUAUUGACAUGACGUAAAUCACAUAUUGGCCAAGCGUACUGGGGAGUGAGUGAUACAUUUACAAUUAACAUUAUUAUAAUCAUUUGUCAACAGGAAACUCAGUAACAGUAAUAAACCAUUCAAAUGGACAAUCGCACACGGUGUAAGGGCAUGUGCAGGUUGUUGUCUGUCGACACUGUCCCUCAUUUAUGGCAGGCCAUAGUUCUGCAACCCACAGCUCUCUGCGUCUUCCCCCAACAGGAACGGGAAGCGCUAUUCUAUCAGAGAGGUCUUUGAAACCUUGAAAUAAGGGUGGUCAACAUUGGGGAAAUGACCUCGAAUGUGUUUUAUAGUUUUUUACAUUUUUUUUUUUUUUUGUCAGAAAAUGCAGCUCUGUCUUGGGUUCUGCUGUGGUGGCAGAUGGUAACAGCUGUUCCUCGACAGGAGCCAGGUUUUUCCUGUUGUCCCCCCCCCCCUCCGUUCUCAAAUUGCAAGGCUGUGCUCACUGACCUGACUUUGUCAAGGUUUAUCUAAGGUUGUGAUCAUUAACCCAUGGUCAAAUCGUUUUUGGCAAUGUGUGCUGUCGAUUUAGGGCCAGCUAGCACUGCAUUUGGCUUUGUGCUUGUGCUUUCCCAAUAGGUCAUGUCGUUUUUGUUUUGACUGUGUUGUAAUUUGGUUCUUCUGAUUGAUUGGAUUUUUGGUCCCUGAUGCUGCACGUAGAUUUGUGUCCAUGGUGAAAUGCAUUCUCCUUCAUCCCCUCUCAUCUUCUCACAGUGGGAUGCCUGUCACACCACACACACACACCUGGAACCACUUGGGCAACUGGGCAUGGAGUAUCAGUAUGAACGUGAUCUGAUUUGACAAGGAGCAGUGAGGAAGACCCAGUGGUGAGGAGAACAAGAGAAAGAGAUUAAUGGUGUUCUCAAACCCAGUCCAGCUGUCUGUUAUGUUCAGAAGCAGCUACUUCCUCAUACCACCUCUCUACUGCUUUAACACUUACUUCCUGUCCUGUCAGGGGACAUCUAGCAACCUUCACUGGUUGAGUGAAUGAGUGAGUGGACUAAGAUCGAAUCUUACUACACCGGCUCCGAUGCUCGUCGGAUGUGGCAGGGCUUGCAAACUAUUGCAGACUACAAAGGGACGCACAGCCGCGAGCUGCCCAGUGACACGAGCCUACCAGAUGAGCUAAACCACUUCUGAGAGCAUCAGCUGUUCCGGACGACUGUGUGAUCACGCUUUCCGUAGCCGAUGUGAGUAAGACCUUUAAACAGGUCAACAUUCAAAAGGCCGCAGGGCCAGACGGAUUACCAGGACGUGUACUCCGAGCAUGCGCUGACCAACUGGCAAGUGUCUUCACUGACAUUUUCAAUCUCUCCCUGUCUGAGUCUGUAAUACCAACAUGUUUCAAGCAGACCACCAUAGUCCCUGUGCCCAAGAACACUAAGGUAACCUGCCUAAAUGUCUACCGACCCGUAGCACUCACGUCUGUAGCCGUGAAGUGCUUUGAAAGGCUGGUCAUGGCUCACAUCAACACCAUUAUCCCAGAAACCCUAGACCCACUCCAAUUUGCAUACCGCCCCAACAGAUCCACAGAUGAUGAAAUCUCUAUUGCGCUCCACACUGCCCUUUCACACCUGGACAAAAGGAAAACCUAUGUGAGAAUACUAUUCAUUGACUACAGCUCAGCGUUCAACACCAUAGUGCCCUCAAAGCUCAUCACUAAGCUAAGGACCCUGGGACUGAACACCUCCCUCUGCAACUGGAUCCUGGAAUUCCUAACGGGCCGCCCCCAGGUGGUAAGGGUAGGUAACAACACAUCCGCCACGCUGAUCCUCAACACAGGGGCCCCUCAGGGGUGCGUGCUCAGUCCCCUCCUGUACUCCCUGUUCACUCAUGACUGCAUAGCCAGGCACGACUCCAACACCAUCAUUAAGUUUGCCGAUGACACAACAGUGGUAGGCCUGAUCACCGACAACGAUGAGAUAGCCUAUAGGGAGGAGGUCAGAGACCUGGCCGUGUGGUGCCAGGAUAACAACCUCUCCCUCAACGUGAUCAAGACAAAAGAGAUGAUUGUGGACUACAGGAAAAAGAAGAGCACGCCCCCAUUCUCAUCAACAGGGCUGUAGUGGAGCAGGUUGAGAGCUCCAAGUUCCUUGGUGUCCACAUCACCAACAAACUAACAUGGUCCAAGCACACCAAGACAGUCGUGAAGAGGGCAUGACAAAACCUAUUCCCCCUAAGGAGAUUUGGCAUGGGUCCUCAGAUCCUCAAAAGGUUCUACAGCUGCACAAUCGAGAGCAUCCUGACUGGUUGCAUCACUACCUGGUAUGUCAACUGCUCGGCCACCGACCGCAAGGCACUACAGAGGGUGGUGCGUACGGUCCAGUACAUCACUGGGGCCAAGCUUCCUGCCAUCCAGGACCUCUAUACCAGGCGGUGUCAGAGGAAGGCCCUAAAAAAUGUCAGACUCCAGCCACUCUAGUCAUAGACUGUUCUCUCUGAUACCGCACGGCAAGCGGUACCGGAGCGCCAAGUCUAGGUUCAAAAGGCUUCUAAACAGUUUCUACCCCAAGCCAUAAGACUCCUGAACAUCUAAUCAAAUGGCUACCCAGACUAUUUGCAUUGCCCCCCCUUUACGCUGCUGCUACUCUGUUUAUUAUCUAUGCAUAGUCACUUUAAUAACUCUACAUACAUGUACAUAUUACCUCGACUAACUGGUGCCCCCGCACAUUGACUCGGUACUGGUACCCCCUGUAUAUAGCCUCGUUAUUGUUAUUUUAUUGUUGCUCUUUAAUUAUUUGUUAAUUGUACUUUUUUUUGUUGGUAUUCUUUCUUAAAACUGCAUUGUUGGUUAAAGGCUUUUAAGUAAGCAUUUCACUGUAAGGUCUACACCUGUUGUAUUCGGCGCAUGUGACAAAUAACAUCUGAUGAGAGAGAGAGAGAGAGAGCAAACACACAUUUGACCUUAGAUCCAUCCAUCCAUGUUCUGUAUCUCUCCUCAAAAUCCAUUUACACCCUCUCCAUCUCUCGCCCCCUUCUCAGCCUCCAAUUCCCACAUCUCUCUCUCUCAAAUGCUAACAUCGCUCCCUCUCUCUCAUGCCCACAUCUCUCUCUCUCCCUCUCUUUCUUUCUCUCUCUCGCUCUCUCUCUCCCUCUCUUUCUUUCUCUCUCUUUCUUUCUCCUCUCUCUCUCUCUCUCUCUCUCUCUCUCUCUCUCUCUCUCUCUCUCUCUCUCUCUCUCUCUCUCUCUCUCUCUCUCUCUCUCUCUCUCUUCAGACUCCAUGCUGUGUGUAUGUCUAUGUGUUGGUUCACUGACUCUGACCUCAAUCUGAAAUGGAGCAGAAAAACUGUGCGUGUGAUCGCAACCAAUCUCUCACCCACUCCGCUCCCUCUCUCACUUUAUCCAUCCUUCUCUCACGCUCGCUCUCUCUCUCAUAUAGACUCUAUCCAUCCCUUUCACUCGUUCUGUCACUCACUUAAUCUAUUCUGCUCUCUCUCAUACACUCUAUCCAUCCCUUUCACCCAUUAUCCAUCCUCUCACUCCUCUGUCUAUAUCAGUCCUCCUCUCAUUCCUCUGUCUAUAUCAGUCCUCCUCGCUUUCCUCUGUCUGUAUCAGUCCUCCUCUCAUACCUCUAUCAGUCCUCCUCUCAUUCCUCUGUCUGUAUCAGUCCUCCUCUCAUUUCUCUGUAUCAGUCCUCCUCUCAUUCCUCUGUCUGUAUCAGUCCUCCUCUCAUUCCUCUGUAUCAGUUCUUCUCUCAUUCCUCUGUAUCAGUCCUUCUCUCAUUCCUCUGUAUCAGUCCUCUCAUUCCUCUGUCUGUAUCAGUCCUUCUCUCAUUCCUCUGUCUGUAUCAGUCCUUCUCUCAUUCCUCUGUAUCAGUUCUUCUCUCAUUCCUCUGUAUCAGUCCUCCUCUCAUUCCUCUGUAUAAGUCCUCUCAUACCUCUGUAUCAGUCCUUCUCUCAUUCCUCUGUAUCAGUCCUCCUCUCAUUUCUCUGUCUGUAUCAGUCCUCCUCUCAUACCUCUGUAUGUAUCAGUCCUUCUCUCAUUCCUCUGUAUCAGUCCUCCUCUAUUUCCUCUGUAUCAGUCCUCUCAAUCCUCUGUAGUAGUUCUUCUCUCAUUCUUCUGUAUCAGUCCUCCUCUCUUUCCUCUGUAUCAGUCCGUCUCUCAUUCCUCUGUAUCAGUCCUCCUCUCAUUCCUCUGUAUCAGUCCUCCUCUCAUUCCUCUGUAUCAGUCCAUCUCUCAUUCCUCUGUAUCAGUCCUUCUCUCAUUCCUCUGUAUCAGUCCAUCUCUCAUUCCUCUGUAUCAGUCCUUCUCUCAUUCUUCUGUAUCAGUCCUCCUCUCAUUCCUCUGUAUCAGUUAUUCUCUCAUUCCUCUGUAUCAGUCCUCCUCUCAUUCCUCUGUCUGUAUCAGUCCUCCUCUCAUUCCUCUGUAUCAGUCCUCCUCUCAUUCCUCUGUAUCAGUCCAUCUCUCAUUCCUGUGUAUCAGUCCUCCUCUCAUGCCUCUGUAUCAGUCCGUCUCUCAAUCCUCUGUAUCAGUCCUCCUCUCAUUCCUCUGUAUCAGUCCAUCUCUCAUUCAUCUGUAACAGUCCAUCUCUCAUUCCUCUGUAUCAGUCCUUCUCUCAUUCCUUUGUAUCAGUCCUCCUCUCAUUCCUCUGUAUCAGUUAUUCUCUCAUUCCUCUGUAUCAGUCCUCCUCUCAUUCCUCUGUAUCAGUCCUCCUCUCAUUCCUCUGUAUCAGUCCUCCUCUCAUUCCUAUGUAUCAGUCCUCCUCUCAUUCCUCUGUAUCAGUCCUUCUCUGAUCAGUCCUCUCCUCUCGUUCCUCUGUAUCAGUCCUCCUCUCAUCCCUCUGUAUCAGUCCUCCUCUCAUUCCUCUGUAUCAGUCCAUCUCUCAUUCCUGUGUAUCAGUCCUUCUCUCAUGCCUCUGUAUCAGUCCUCCUCUCAUUCCUCUGUAUCAGUCCAUCUCUCAUUCCUCUGUAUCAGUUCUUCUCUCAUUCAUGUGUAUCAGUCCUCCUCUCAUGCCUCUGUAUCAGUCCGUCUCUCAAUCCUCUGUAUCAGUCCUCCUCUCAUUCCUCUGUAUCAGUCCUCCUCUCAUUCCUCUGUCUGUAUCAGUCCUCCUCUCAUUCCUCUGUAUCAGUCCUCCUCUCAUUCCUCUGUAUCAGUCCUUCUCUCAUUCCUCUGUAUCAGUCCGUCUCUCAUUCAUCUGUAUCAGUCCUCCUCUCAUUCCUCUGUAUCAGUCCUCCUCUCAUUCCUCUGUAUCAGUCCUCCUCUCAUUCCUCUGUAUCAGUCCAUCUCUCAUUCCUCUGUAUCAGUCCUCCUCUCAUUCCUCUGUAUCAGUCCAUCUCUCAUUCCUCUGUAUCAGUCCUCCCUCUCAUUCCUCUGUCUGUAUCAGUCCUCCUCUCAUUCCUCUGUAUCAGUCCUCCUCUCAAUCCUCUGUAACAGUCCUUCUCUCAUUCCACUGUAUGAGUCCUCCUCUCAUUCCUCUGUAUCAGUCCAUCUCUCAUUCCACUGUAUCAGUCCUCCUCUCAUUCCUCUGUAUCAGUCCUCCUCUCAUUCCUCUGUAUCAGUCCUCUCAUUCCUCUGUAUCAGUCCAUCUUUAAUUCCUCUGUAUCAGUCCUCCUCUCAUUCCUCUGUCUAUAUCAGUCCUCCUCUCAUUCCUCUGUCUGUAUCAGUCCUCCUCUCAUUCCUCUGUCUGUAUCAGUCCUCCUCUCAUUCCUCUGUAUCAGUCCUCCUCUCAUUCCUCUGUCUGUAUCAGUCCUCCUCUCAUUCCUCUGUAUCAGUCCUCCUCUCAUUCCUCUGUAUCAGUCCUCCUCUCAUUCUUCUGUAUCAGUCCUCCUCUCAUUCCUCUGUAUCAGUCCUUCUCUCAUUCUUCUGUAUGAGCCCUCCUCUCAUUCCUCUGUAUCAGUCCUUCUCUCAUUCCUCUGUAUGAGUCCUCCUCUCAUUCCUUUGUAUCAGUCCUCUCAUUCAUCUGUAUCAGUCCUUCUCUCAUUCCUCUGUAUCGGUCCUUCUCUCAUUCCUCUGUAUCAGUCCUCCUCUCAUGCCUCUGUAUCAGUCCUUCUCUCAUUCCUCUGUAUCGGUCCUUCUCUCAAUCCUCUGUAUCAGUCCUUCUCUCAUUCCUCUGUAUCGGUCCUUCUCUCUUGCCCUCUGUAUCGGUCCUUCUCUUGCCCUCUGUAUCGGUCCUUCUCUCAUUCCUCUGUAUCGGUCCUUCUCUCAUUCCACUGUAUCGGUCCUUCUCUCUUGCCCUCUGUCUAGCAGUGUUCCUUUUUCAUUAUCUAUAUGCAUCCCUCACUUUCACUCACUCCAUUCUUCUCUUUCACUAUAUCCAUCAUUCUCUUUUCAUUUUCUCUCAAUCUAUCAGCCUCUACAUUCCCCUCUUUCAACCUCACUCAAUUCAAUUCUAUUCAAUUUGCUUUAUUGACAUGACGUAACAAUGCACAUAUUGCCAAAGCGUACUUGGGAGAUGAAGUGAUACAUUUACAAUAUGAACAUUAUUAUAAUCAAUAUUGUCAACAGGAAACUCAGUAACAGUAAUAACCAUUCAAUGGACAAUAGCAACGGUGUAGAGGGCAUGUGCAGGUUGGUUGGUCUGUCAGACACUGUCCCUCAUUUUAUGGCAGGCAAUAGUGCUGCCAACCCACAGCUCUCUGCGUCUUCCCCCAACAGGACGGGAAGCCUAUUCUCAUCAGAGAGGUCUUUGAAACCUUGAAUAAGGGUGUCACAUUUGGGGAAAUUACACUCUAAUUGUUUUAUAGUUUUUACAUUUUGUCAGAAAAUGCAGCUCUGUCUUGGGUUCUGCUGUGGUGCAGUGGUACAGCCUUUCCUCUACAGGGAGCCAGGUUUUCCUGUGUCUACCGUUCUCAAUUGCAAGGCUGUGCUCACUGAGCCUGUACUUUGUCAAGGUUUAUCUAAGGUUUUGAUCAGUAACCAUGGUCAAAUAGUUUGCAAUGGUGUGCUGUCGAUUUAGGGCCAGAUAGCACUGCAUUUUGCUUUGUGCUUGUGCUUCCCAAUAGGUCAUGUCGUUUUGUUUUGACUGUGUUGUAAUUUGGUUUAUUCUGAUUGAUUGGAUGUUUUGGUCCUGAGGCUUCAGUGUGUUAGUAGAACAGGUUUGUGAACUCAGCCUCUGAACCAGCUGGAUGAGGGGACUCUUUUCUUUGCUUAUCUCUUGGCAUUGCAGGGCUUGGUAAUGAUACGAUAUGUAUUUUAGAUGUUUCCAAAACGUAAUUGCUCUUUUUUGAAAGUGUUCUACGUUUUUUCCUUAUAAUUUUACAAUCUGCAUCAAACCAGUUGUCAUCUGUGGUCUUUCUGGGUAAAAAAAAUAAUCAAUUUCAGUUCUGCUUCUUUUGCCGUUUGCCUGAAUAUAUAGUUGAUGUAUUUUACUGCUAGAUUGAUGCCUUCUUUACUGUGAGUGAAUGUGGUAUCCAGAAAGUUAUCUAAGAGUGUUUUGAUGUUUUGGUUACUGGUUGCUUUCUGGUAUUCUUCUGUGCUGUUUUGGGCCCAUCUUUAUGCAUUUCUGAUGUUGUACAGCUUACUGGGCUGUGAAUGUGUGGUUGUUUCCAUGUCUGUUCUUUUGAGGAACAAUGUAAUUUGGCUGUGAUCAGACAGAGGUGUUAGUGGCUUGACGGUGAAUGAGCUGAGAGAGAAAGGGUCAAUGUCUGGAACUCUGUCACUAUCAUUAUUUACCACAUUCACUACAGCAAUACCUCUGUGCCUCAUUUACAUUUACAUUUUAGUCAUUUAGCAGACGCUCAUAAAACCAAGUCAUAGUAUUCCAGAGCCACACACUCACAUAGUAGCAUCAUGUUGGCAUGGUAUCUGCAUACCUCUGGUCUGAAUUCAUUUUAAUGGUCUGGUCUGAUAGUCUCAGUGGGUUGGUCUGAUAGUCUCAGUGGGUUGGUCUGAUAGUCUCAGUGGGCUGGUCUGAUAGUCUCAGUGGGUUGGUCUGAUAGUCUCAGUGGGUUGGUCUGAUAGUCUCAGUGGGUUGGUCUGAUAGUCUCAGUGGGUUGGUCUGAUAGUCUCAGUGGGCUGGUCUGAUAGUCUCAGUGGGCUGGUCUGAUAGUCUCAGUGGUCUGGAGGUUAAUAGUGUGUUUGAAAUCCUCCAGGGUACGACACAUUAUCUACACACAUUUGAGCGUGCAUGCACCUGGGCCACACAAGCGCACACACACACAGACACACUAACAUAGACAACCCUGUGGUUCCCAUCUCCGACGCCAGAUGGAACAGUGCCAGAGUCUACCCAGGCUGUAGUAGGCCCUCCCUGGGGUGGCUCAGUCACCAGGGGCCCAGGCUUCCUGCUGGCGUCUAGGCCCCAAGGCCAGGGGAACACAUUAAGAUAACAUCAUGAUGGAGACCUAGUGGUAAUGUUGUAGACAGAGAGGAGGGAUGGAGAGAGGAGUGGAAGACUGAAAGAGAUGAAAAUAGAAAGAGAAGAUUGAGAGAGAGAGAGAGAGAGAGAGAGAGAGAGAGAGGCAGGCAGGCAGGCAGGCAGGCAGAGGCCUAGUUCUUGGUCUGUGUGUACUUUAAAAGACCAAACACAGUGAGAUAGAGCAGAUAACACUGGUCUCUGGGUGGAAACACAGCCACCUAUUACUCAACUAGCCACUCCACACCGCUCAACACUGUCUGCUCCACACCGGUCAACACUGUCUGCUCCACACUGGUCAACACUUUCUGCUCCACACCGGUCAACACUUUCUGCUCAACACUGUCUGCUCCACACUGGUCAACACUGUCUGCUCCACCUGUCUGCUCCCCACUGCUCACACGUCCUGCUCCACCACUGUUUCAACACUGUCUGCUCCACACUGUCUGCUCCACACUGCUCAACACUGUCUGCUCCACACUGUUCAACACUGUCUGCUCCACACUGCCUGCUCAACACUGUCUGCUCCACACUGGUCAACACUGUCUGCUCCACACUGUUCAUUACUGUCUGCUCAACACUGUCUGCUCAACACUGUCUGCACAACACUGUCUGCUCAACACUGUCCGCUCAACACUGUCUGCUCAACACUGCCUGCUCAACACUGUCUGCUCCACACUGCUCAACACUGUCUGCUCAACACUGCCUGCUCAACACUGUCUGCUCCACACUGUUCAACACUGUCUGCUCCACACUGUCUGCUCAACACUGUCUGCUCCACACUGUUCAACACUGUCUGCUCAACACUGCCUGCUCAACACUGUCUGCUCCACACUGCUCAACACUGUCUGCUCCACACUGUCCGCUCCACACUGCCUGCUCAACACUGUCUGCUCAACACUGUCUGCUCAACACUGUCUGCUCCACACUGCCUGCUCAACACUGUCUGCUCCACACUGCCUGCUCAACACUGUCUGCUCCACACUGGUCAACACUGUCUGCUCCACACUGUUCAACACUGUCUGCUCAAUACUGUCUGCUCAACACUGCCUGCUCAACACUGUCUGCUCCACACUGUCUGCUCAAAACUGUCUGUUCCACACUGCUCAACACUGUCUGCUCCACACCUGCUCAACACUGUCUGCUCCACACUGUCUGCUCCACACUGGUCAACACUGUCUGCUCAACACUGUCUGCUCAACACUGUCUGCUCCACACUGUCUGCUCAACACUGUCUGCUCCACACUGUCUGCUCAACACUGUCUGCUCAACACUGUCUGCUCCACACUGCUCAACACAUUCUGCUCCACACUGCUCAACACAUUCUGCUCCACACCACUCUACACUGUCUGCUCAACACUGUCAACACUGUCUGCUCCACACUGUCUGCUCAACACUGUCUGCUCCACACUGCUCAACACUGUCUGCUCCACACUGCUCAACACUGUCUGCUCCACACUGGUCAACACUUCUGUCCACCCUGGUCACACUGUAUCUGCUCAACACUGGUUGCUUCCAACAAUGCUCAACACUGUCUGCUCACCUGCUCCACACUGUCUGCUCCACACUGGUCAACACUGUCUGCUCAACACUGUCUGCUCCACACUGCUCAACACAUUCUGCUCCACACUGCUCAACACAUUCUGCUCCACACCACUCUACACUGUCUGCUCCACACUGCUCAACACAUUCUGCUCCACACUGCUCAACACAUUCUGCUCCACACCACUCUACACUGUCUGCUCCACACUGCUCAACACUGUCUGCUCCACAAUGCUCAACACAUUCUGCUCCACAACCACUCUACACUGUCUGCCCACACUGCUCAACACUGUCUGGUCCACACUGCUCACACAUUCUGCUCCACACCCACUCUACACUGUCUGCUCCACACUGCUCAACACUGUCUGCUCCACACUGCUCAACACAUUCUGCUCCACACCACUCUACACUGUCUGCUCCACACUGCUCAACACUGUCUGCUCCACACUGCUCAACACAUUCUGCUCCACACCCCUCUACUUUUCAUAUCUCCUUUCUUUCUACAUCCCUCGUUUUUUAAACAGGAAGACAAGCUCCAUGGAUUUCACACUGUUUAAACUCUUUCUUUCUCUCUCUCUCUCUCUCUCUCUCUCUCUCUCUCUCUCUUCUCUCUCUCUCUCUCUCUCUCCUCUCUCUUCUCUCUCUCUCUCCUCUCUCUCUCAAUUCAAUUCAAUUCAAUUCAAAUUCAAUUUAAGGGCUUUAUUGGCAUGGGAAACGUGUGUUAACAUUGCCAAAGCAAGUGAAGUAGAUAGUAAACAAAAGUGAAAUAAACAAUAAAUAUUAACAGAUUAAUAAAUCUCUCUACCUCUCCAUCUCUCUCUCUCCUCCCUCCCUCCCCCCCCCCCCCCCCCCCCCCUUCUCAGGGACCUGAGUGAAAAUGUUAUCCAAGCCAUUCCCAGGAGAGCUUUCAGAGGGGCCACGGACAUCAGGAACCUGUGAGUGACACAUGCGCACACACACACUCUCGCUUUCACAUACACACACUAAUGGAAGCCGUUAUGUGUGUUUUGUGUCUUCAGUCAACUGGAUAAGAACCACAUCACUUGCAUCGAGGAGGGGGCCUUCCGUGCUCUCAGAGCUCUGGAGGUUCUGUAAGUAUUAUAGAGAGAGACUGUCUGUGUGCUUCCACGUCCCUCCCCUGACAUCCUCAGAAAGGAUGGAUUGUCUCCAAUUACUGCUUUAUCACGGGGGUGACGUGGCUGAGCCAACCACUAGUGAGAAACACACUUCAAAUACACACAUCUUGUAUGAAUGCCUCUGUACACAAAAACCAGUCAAUCAGAGAUGUAGCGCUGUCUCAGAAAAAGGCCCAGCCUCUUGGGGGGAACCCAAAACACCCAGUCCCAUUCUGGGGAGACUUGGUCCCCUUCCACCCACCACAGAAGGGUUGUGGGGGAUUUUCUGGGACUUCGAGACGCCCCUGGAAAUCAAACUGUUAAGCCCCUGAAAAUCGCACCCACGCACACGCACACACACACGCACACACACACACGCACACACACCACAAACACACACACACAACAAACCACACACACACACACACACACACACACACACACACACACACACACACACACACACGCGCACACACAUACACACACACACACACACACCUAGAAACCCCUCCAUUGUUAAAGCUGAGAGUUAGGGUUACAACAGUAUGGGGUUAUUACAACAGUAUGGGGUUAUUACAACAGUAUGGGGUUAUUACAACAGUAUGGGGUCACAACAGUAUGGGGUCACAACAGUAUGGGUCUUACAACAGUUAUGGGGCAUGGUCAUUACAAAGUAGGGUUAUUACAACAGUAUGGGGUUAUUACACAGUAUGGGGUUAUUACAACAGUAUGGGGUUAUUACAACAGUAUGGGGUUAUUACAACAGUAUGGGGUUAUUACAACAGUAUGGGGUUAUUACAACAGUAUGGGGUUAUUACAACAGUAUGGGGUUCACAACAGUAUGGGGUUAUUACAACAGGAUAUGGAGGUAUACACAGUAUGGGGUUAUUAAAACAGGAUGGGGUUUAUUAUUACAACAGUAUGGGGUUUUAACAACACAUAUGGGGAUUACAAACAGUAUAUGGGGUUAUUACAAACAGUAUGGGGGUUGACAAACAGUAUGGGGUUAUUACAACACUAGGGGGUUUAUUACAACGUAUGGGGUUAUUACAACAGUAUGGGGUCCACAACUUAUGGGGUAAAAACGUAUGGGGUCACAACAAGUAGGGAUUAUUACAACAGUAUGGGUUAUUAAAAAGUAUGGGGUUAACAACAGUAUGGGGUCACAACAGUUGGGGUUAUGGGUUAUUACAACACAGUAUGGGGUUAUUACAACAGUAUGGGGUUAUUACAACACUAUGGGGUUAUUACAACAGUAUGGGGUUAUUACAACAGUAUGGGGUCACAACAGUAUGGGGUCACAACAGUAUGGGGUCACAACAGUAUGGGAUUAUUACAACAGUAUGGGGUUAUUACAACAGUAUGGGGUUAUUACAACAGUAUGGGGUUAUUACAACAGUAUGGGUAUUUUACAACAGUAUGGAGUUAUUAUUACAACGUAUUGGGGUUAUUACAAAAAGUAUGGGGUCACACACGUAUGGAGGUAACAAAGUAUGGAGGUUAUUACAAACAGUAUGGGUGAUUACAAACAGUAUGGGGUCACAACAGUAUGGGGUUACAACAGUAUGGGGUUAUUACAGUAUGGGGUUAUUGCAGUAUGGGGUUACAACAGUAUGGGGUUAUUACAACAGUAUGGGGUUAUUACAACAGUAUGGGGUUAUUACAACAGUAUGGGGUUAUUACAACAGUAUGGGGUUACAACAGUAUGGGUUAUUACAGUAUGGGGUCACACCAGUAUGGGGUUAUUACAACAGUAUGGGGUUAUUACCAACAGUAUGGGGUUAUUACAACAGUAUGGGGUUAUUACAACAGUAUGGGGUUAUUACAACAGUAUGGGGUUACAACAACAGUAUGGGGUUAUUACAACAGUAUGGGGUCACAACAGUAUGGGGUUAUUACAACAGUAUGGGGUUAUUACAACAGUAUGGGGUUAUUACAACAGUAUGGGGUCACAACAGUAUGGGGUUACAACAGUAUGGGGUUAUUACAGUAUGGGGUUAUUACAGUAUGGGGUUACAACAGUAUGGGGUUAUUACAACAGUUAUGGGGUAUUACAACAGUAUGGGGUUAUUACAACAGUAUGGGGUACAACAACAGUAUGGGGUUAUUACAACAGUAUGGGGUUAUUACAACAGUAUGGGGUUAUUACAACAGUAUGGGGUUAUUACAACAGUAUGGGGUUAUUACAACAGUAUGGGGUUAUUACAACAGUAUGGGGUUACAACAGUAUGGGGUUAUUACAACAGUAUGGCGUUAUUAUUCAACAGUAUGGGGUUAUUACAACAGUAGGGGUGACAAACAGUAUGGUUAUUACAACAGUAUGGGGUUACAACAGUAUGGGGUCACAACAGUAUGGGGUUACAACAGUAUGGGGUUAUUACAGUAUGGGGUUACAACAGUAUGGGGUUAUUACAACAGUAUGGGGUUAUUACAACAGUAUGGGGUUACAACAGUGAUGAAACUGGUGUGUGUGAUUGAGUGAUCGUGUUCGCGCAUGGGUGUGAUUUUGGUUUGGUGUGAGAGGCUCAGUGAGAGAUGGGUAAGUGAGCCCCACUUCUCUCUCUCCAAGUGGUUUCCCUCUACUCCAACCUCUCUGUGUGUCUUUCAGAGGGGUUGGGAGAAAGCGCAAUACACAUUUCCUUUGGACAUCCUGGUACAGUGGACAAACUCCUUAUUUUACUGUUAUGAAUUCUAAUUCUAUUGAGUCAUGAUCCCACUAAGAGCACAACGUACUGAACAAAUACCUUCUACUUCUUCUCUUCUUCUUCCUCCCUCCAGUCGUCUCCACUCUAACAGUCUGAGGUGUGACUGUCACCUGUCCUGGUUGUCUCCUUGGCUGAGACAGAGACCCACCCUGGGUCUGUACACACAGUGCAGCUCCCCUUCCAACCUCUAAGAGACUACCUGCUGAACGCAAGAAGAAACGCGUUACCUGCUCAGGUAAGACAAAUUCACUGCCUCAGUAAGAACUGUUAACUGAUAGGUCAAAGAGGUUCACGUCAGUAGCCGGUUCCACUGCUAAGUAAGAAACAGGGUCAGAAGGUUCGCCAGCUCAGAUACAGCACUAGAAUUUGACUCCUCAUGUUUGAAGACAAUCUGUGUGGAGCCUUUCUAUGCUAUGUCCUUCCCUUGGUAUCACUUUUAUUUACUGUACAGAAAUCACCUGGUAUUUUCAUAGAAACUACUAAUGAUACAAUAAUACACAAUAAUCAAUCGCUCUCAAUAUAGAAGUAUCUAUAGGGAUCUCUAUUUAUAGAGAGAUCUUUAGAUAGUUUGAGAGAUAGAUAGACUCGAUAGAAAGUAACUAACUCUAAAGUCUAGAGAUGAUCUCUCGUCUCUCUCGGUCUCCUCUCUCUUCUCUAGCGAUUCUCUCCUCUUAUCUAUCGCUUUAUCUCUCUUUUGUCUCGCUCUCUCUCUAUCGCCUAUAUCUUUCUUCCCAUCUCGCUCUAUCGCUAUCCGCUCCGCGCCGAUAUCGGGAGAGAGCGAUAGAGUAUCGUUAUCUCUAUAGCCUCUAUCUUAUCGACGCGAUAUCUCGAUCUGACGUUCUAGCGCUCUAGCUCGCUAUGUAUGCGCUAUCUAGCUCUCUCUUUAUCUCGCUCGAUAUCUCUCUAUCUAUCAAGGUCACAGUGACAGUGCGUUUGUCCAGCCGUGUAGCCUGGCGUCUGGCUCCUGUCCUCCCAUGUGUUCCUGUAGUAACAACAUCGUAGAAGUGUAGUAGUCGCUAGAAGCAGAGAGGCACAAAGCUAGAGGGCAAGGCUCCCUCACGCCCAUACCUGCUCCACAUGCCUGACUGAAAGCCAGAUGAGAUGUGAAGAGUACUGCACGCGUGUCAGCAUGACAACAACACGGUCAAACAAGGAACACACACAGUCAGUACAAGUAGUUUCUUCUAUUUCAACACAGUAGCAUGGACCACACACAGUCAACAAGACCACACACAGUCAACAAGACACACACGAUCAACAAGACACACAAAGCUAGUUUUUUUAAUUUUAUAAACAUACAAGGGCCCAUGCCAUACCGCUUCCACACCAUGUAGAAUACCACACCUGUAGAAAUAACCACAAGCAGAUUUUAGAAAUAAACCACCCAUGUAGAAAUCACCACCCCAGUAGAUAAACCACACCAUGUAGAAUAACCACAGCAUAUAGAAUAACCACACCAUGUAGAAUAACCACAACCAUGUAGAAUAACCACACCAUGUAGAAUAACCACACCAUGUAGAAUAACCACAGCAUAUAGAAUCUCUCAUCCUAACAUCUCCCUGGGUUUAACCUCUUAGACCUGAAGGAAACACACACAUGUACACGCAUGAUCAUGGACACACACACACACUCUCUCUCUCACUCAGACAGGAGGGAGAGAAAAAGAGAGAGCGGGAUGGUGAGAGGAGGAUGAGGAAAUAGUAGAAAGUGUUUGAGGUUAGGGAGAGAAAGAGGGACUUUCUACGACUUUCUCAGAAGAAGAAUAGAUAGGAGAGAGAGAGAAAGAGAUAGGAGAGACAGACAGACAGAAGGGAGAGAGACAGAUAGGAGAGACAGAGAUAGAAGGAGAGACAGAGAUAGAAGGAGAGACAGAAAGACAGAUAUAAGGAGAGAGAAAGACAGAUAGAAGGGGAGAGAGAAAGACAGAUAGAAGGAAAGAAAGACAGACAGAGGGGUUAGUAGUGUAAUGCUGCAGUCUCUGAGUGGUUUGGCAGUCUAACAGGUGAGCAUUCCCCUGGUCAGCUAACGGCUCCAGUCACACAAAUAUGUCAAACCAUCAAACUGUGUCUGAUACCCUCAACAUUGCCUCUCUCACACACAAAACACAUACAUACUUACACACAAAACACAUACAUACUUACACACAGAGAGAGAGCGAGAGAAAGAGAGAAAGAGAUAGAGAAAGCGAUAGAGAAAGCUGUCUACAUAUUCACAGUGACACUUUUAGGAGUGACUCGUAUGUUGGACUGCUGAACAAAUAAUGCAAGAAAUACUCUCUUUCUCUAUAUAUCUCUCAAUCUCUGUCAAUCACUCCCACUCAUCCGCCUCGUCCACUACGCUCUUAACAUCGAGAGACAAAGAAAGGCAAUAGCGACAGACAUACGAGACAAUAACGACAUACGACGAGAGAGCGCACACGAACCAACCGAGUAACGAACAGACAAGAGGCAGCAGAAGAAAAAGAGAUCACCACAGAGCGAGAGAAAAAGCACCCAAAAACUCUCUCUCCCUCCUCGCCUCUCUCUACUCCUCCCUCUCCUCGAUACAGUCCUCUCUCUCUCCCCCCUCUCUCUCUCCCCUCUCUCUCCCUCCCUCUCUCUCCCUCCCCUCUCUCUCCCUCCCACUCUCUCUCCCUCCUAGUCGUCUGGAGCAGAAUGGUAUCAAGUCAGUUCCUCCUGGAGCCUUCACCUCCUACAAGAAGCUGCGCAGAAUGUAACUAGUCAACCCCUGACCUUCCACCUUUGACCUCUACCAACAUGGGAGCUCUUCUGUGGGCUAGAUUCCAGGAGAGCUCCCCUUAGCCUGGUCCUCUUGUGUCUCUUCUCUUCUGCAUGCUUUAUAUCAUCUCACCAGGGUUAUAGGGUGCGUCCCAAAUAGAAAUGGCACCCUAUUCUCUACAUAGGGCACUACUUUAGACCCGACUCCUAUUGGCUCUGGUCAAAAGUAGUGCACUAUAUAGGGAAUAGUGUGCCAUUUGGGACGCAGACGGUUAAGAAUAUGCGAUGUCAUUAAGUGGUGAUGUCAAAUAGUGUGAGGUCAAAGGGCAUGGUUCUCACUGUAACACAGUUGUUUUUCCUUCCUCCCAGAGAUCUGAGUAACAAUCAGAUAUCAGAGAUCGCCCCCGAUGUUUUCCAAGGCCUGAGAGCCCUCAACUCGCUGUGAGUGUGUAUGCGUCGGUGUGUGUCUGUGUGUCGCCAUCAGUGUAUGUCUGUGUGUGUGUGUGUAUGUCUGUGUGUGUGUGUAUGUCUGUUUGUGUGUGUGUAUGUCUGUGUGUGUGUAUGUCUGUGUGUGUGUGUGUGUGUGUGUGUGUGUGUGUCUUUCUCUCUGUGUGUCAGUGUAUCUGUCAGUCUGUGUGUACUAACGGAUGUGUUGACAUGUCUCUGUCUGUGUUAUACAUGUCUGUAGUAUAUUCAUGAUCAUGAGUGAGUGUGUGUGUGUGCAUAUAUCAUUGUGAAUAAUGUAUAGUGUUUAUAUAGAGUUAAACAGACAGUCCUUAUUAUAUAUGCCCUACUGAAUCAGCCUCAGUGGGAGGUCUGGGAGAGUGUGUGUGUGUGUGUGUUUGUUUUCUGUGGGGGUCCAGGGGAGGAGGGGGUUGGUAGUUGGUAAGUGUCCCCUUAAGGGAUAGCCCUGUCUGGGAUGAAUGGGUCCGUGCCGUGCCUUUAGUGUGUGUUCCAGUUCCCUCUUAUGAAUGAUAUGAGCCAGAUGGGGACAUAGAAUCCUGAGCUCUAUGUUGUCUAAUAUUGUCAUGGUUUUGCUGGUAUAGUACUGAGUCUUAUUCUAUAUGGUCUCUGCAGGGUCCUGUAUGGUAAUAAGAUCACAGAUCUCCCCAGAGGACUGUUUGAGGGACUCAGCUCUCUGGAACUGCUGUAAGUACUAUACUGUCUACUUCCUAAAUUGUACCCUAUUCCCUAUGUAGUGCACUAUACUGUUUACGUCCUAAAUCAUACCCUAUUCCCUAUAUAAUGCACUAAUUUAGACCAGAGCCCGAUAAACAGUAUAUGUGCUUUUAGUUUAGGAACUGAACUUCCCUCCCUCCCUCCCUCCCCUCCCUACCCCUCCCUCCCUCCACUCCCUCACUCCCUCCUCCAUCCUCCUCUAUCUACCUACAUCCCUCCCACCCCCUGUCUCUCUCCCUGUCUCUCCCUCUCUCUCUCUCCCUCUCUUUCUCCCCCCCUCUCGCUCUCUUUCUCCAUCCUCUCUCUCUCUCUCCCCAUCUCUCUCUCUCUCUCUCUCUCUCUCUCCCAGUCUCCUGAAUGCCAAUAAGAUCCACUGUAUUCGAGCCACAGCCUUCCAGGACCUAGAGAAUCUAGCUCUGCUGUCUCUCUAUGACAACAAGAUCCAGACCCUGGCUAAAGGAACCUUCACACCCCUACACAGUAUACAAACACUGUGAGUCACACACACACUCAGCUUCACACCCCCUCACAGUAUACAGACACUGUGGUAUGCAUAGGUGUACUGUCAAAUACAAUACCCACACAGGCUUACAUACAUUUUCAAUCCUACAUACAGAUGAAGUCUUCACAUCCAUAUAGUAUUAGAUCAGGGCUGUUCAUGUGGGUCCUGGAGGCCCAAACACUUCUGGCUUUCAUCCGCUCCUUCUAAUCAGGGACUAAUUCAGACCUGGGACACCAGGUGAGUGCAAUUAACUACCAGGUAGAAACAACACCAGAAGUGUUUGGGCCCUCCAUAUUCUUUUAAAACCUGACCUCUGACCCCUCUCUUCCCCUAGUCACCUGGCCCAGAACCCGUUUGUGUGUGACUGUAACCUGAAAUGGCUGGCAGACUACCUGAGGUCCAACCCCAUAGAGACCAGCGGUGCCCGCUGUGCCAGCCCACGCAGACUGGCCAACAAACGCAUUGGGCAGAUCAAGAGCAAGAAGUUCCGCUGCUCUGGUGUGUGUGUGUGUAUGUCUGUCUGUCUGUCUGUGGUCGUCUGACUGUCUGUGAGUGUGCGUACGUGUGUGUGUGUGUCUAGCUACAUGACUUUGUUCCAACUUAUGCCAGUCCCAAUUCCAACUCAACCCUCCCAUCACACACACGGCCCUCUUUCCCUUCAGCUGCCAGCGUUAUCUGCCAGCGUUAUCUCAGCAUUAUCUCAGCGUUAUCUACCAGUGUUGUCUCAGCAUUAUCUCAGCGUUAUCUGCCAGUGUUGUCUUGGCAUUAUCUCAGCGUUAUCUGCCCGUGUUAUCUCAGCAUUAUCUGCCAGCGUUGUCUCAGCGUUAUCUGCCAGCGUUGUCUGCCAGCGUUAUCUCAGCAUUAUCUCAGCGUUAUCUGCCAGCGUUAUCUCAGCAUUGUCACAGCGUUAUCUGCCAGUGUUACCUCAGCGUUAUCUCAGCGUUAUCUGCCAACCCAGCUACAGUGAAAGCAGUAACGGCUCCUUGAUCUGUGUGCUUUAGAGCUGGACCAGGUUAUGAGCGGUUAUAAGGCAUGACAUAGGGUUACAUUAAACCAUAAUACCAUGGAGAUGACCUGUUGUUUUCUGUUACAGGGUCAGGAGCUACUGCUUUCUUUUUCAUCAUAUAUAUAUAUAUAUAUACAGUGGGGAGAACAAGUAUUUGAUACACUGCCGAUUUUGCAGGUUUUCCUACUUACAAAGAAUGUAGAGGUCUGUAAUUUUUAUCCAGAAAAUCACAUUGUAUGAUUUUUAAGUAAUUAAUUUACAUUUUAUUGCAUGACAUAAGUAUUUGAUCACCUACCAACCAGUAAGAAUUCUGGCUCUCACAGACCUGUUAGUUUUUCUUUAAGAAGCCCUCCUGUUCUCCACUCAUUACCUGUAUUAACUGCACAUGUUUGAACUCGUUACCUGUAUAAAAGACACCUGUCCACACACUCAAUCAAACAGACUCCAACCUCUCCACAAUGGCCAAGACCAGAGAGCUGUGUAAGGACAUCAGGGAUAAAAUUGUAGACCUGCACAAGGCUGGGAUGGGCUACAGGACAAUAGGCAAACAGCUUGGUGAGAAGGCAACAACUGUUGGCGCAAUUAUUAGAAAAUGGAAGAAGUUCAAGAUGACGAUCAAUCACCCUCGGUCUGGGGCUCCAUGCAAGAUCUCACCUCGUGGUGCCUCAAUGAUCAUGAGGAAGGUGAGGGAUCAGCCCAAAACUACACGGCAGGACCUGGUCAAUGACCUGAAGAGAGCUGGGACCACAGUCUCAAAGAAAACCAUUAGUAACACACUACGCCGUCAUGGAUUAAAAUCCUGCAGCGCACGCAAGGUCCCCCUGCUCAAGCCAGCGCAUGUCCAGGCCCGUUUGAAGUUAGCCAAUGACCAUCUGGAUGAUCCAGAGGAGGAAUGGGAGAAGGUCAUGUGGUCUGAUAAUGUCUAAACUCCACUCGCCGUGUUUGGAGGAAUAAGAAGGAUGAGUACAUCCCCAAGAACACCAUCCCAACCGUGAAGCAUGGAGGUGGAAACAUCAUUCUUUGGGGAUGCUUUUCUGCAAAGGGGACAGGACGACUGCACCGUAUUGAGGGGAGGAUGGAUGGGGCCAUGUAUCGCGAGAUCUUGGCCAACAACCUCCUUCCCUCAGUAAGAGCAUUGAAGAUGGGUCGUGGCUGGGUCUUCCAGCAUGACAACGACCCGAAACACACAGCCAGGGCAACUAAGGAGUGGCUCUGUAAGAAGCAUCUCAAGGUCAUGGAGUGGCCUAGCCAGUCUCCAGACCUGAACCCAAUAGAAAAUCGUUGGAGGGAGCUGAAAGUCCGUAUUGCCCAGCGACAGCCCCGAAACCUGAAGGAUCUGGAGAAGGUCUGCAUGGAGGAGUGGGCCAAAAUCCCUGCUGCAGUGUGUGCAAACCUGGUCAAGACCUACAUGAAACGUAUGAUCUCUGUAAUUGCAAACAAAGGUUUCUGUACCAAAUAUUAAGUUCUGCUUUUCUGAUGUAUCAAAUACUUAUGUCAUGCAAUAAAAUGCAAAUGAAUUACUUAAAAAUCAUACAAUGUGAUUUUCUGGAUUUUUGUUUUAGAUUCCGUCUCUCACAGUUGAAGUGUACCUAUGAUAAAAAUUACAGACCUCUAUAUGCUUUGUAAGUAGGAAAAAAAAGUGUAUCAAAUACUUGUUCUCCCCACUGUGUGUGUGUGUGUGUAUAUAUAUAUAUAUAUAUAUAUAUAUAUAUAUAUAUAUAUAUAUAUAUAUACAGUAUUUAUUAAAGUAGAAAAACAAACAUUUGACAAAUCACAAAGCUACCGCUUUCUAUAUAUGAAUAUUCUACAUGCUGAUGCCUUCCUCCUUAAACUGUCAGUCAACUUAACUUGUUUUUCUGUUUCCAUGGUAGCCAAGGAGCAGUACCACAUCCCAGGUAUGUGUGUGCUAGUUGUAUAUAUCUGUAUAUGUACUUCUGUAUAGACAUAGUAUGGUAUACUGUAUAUCUGUAUCUGUCCUGCACAUUGUGUGAAAUAUAUAGCAUGUCAAAUGAACUGUGACUUCUGUGUUGUGUCAAGGCAUGUUGGAAGCUAAACAGUGAGUGGGUAUGCAUGUGAAAAUAAUACACUGUGUUCUAUGUAGGGUUGCAAAGUUCCGGUAAUUUUCCCGAAAUUCCCAGGUUUCCUUCUUAUUCCCUCCUGAUUCCAGUACAUUUCCAGUCUGGGUUUCUGGAAAACUUUGGACAUUUGUGAAAGUUACCGGACAUUUGCAACCCUAAUUCUAUGUGUGUUAUAUAGUAUAUGUAAAUACAGUAUGUUAUAUGUGAUAAUACAGUCUGUUCUGUGUGAUAAUACAGUCUGUUAUAUGUGAUAAUACAGUCUGUUCUAUGUGAUAAUACAGUCUGUUCUAUGUGAUAAUACAGUCUGUUCUAUGUGAUAAUACAGUCUGUUCUAUGUGAUAAUACAGUCUGUUCUGUGUGAUAAUACAGUCAGUUCUAUGUGAUAAUACAGUCUGUUCUGUGUGAUAAUACAGUCUGUUAUAUGUGAUAAUACAGUAUGUUCUAUGUGAUAAUACUGUCUGUUCUAUGUGAUAAUACAGUCUGUUCUAUGUGAUAAUACUGUCUGUUCUAUGUGAUAAUACAGUCUGUUCUAUGUGAUAAUACAGUCUGUUCUAUGUGAUAAUACAGUAUGUUUUAUGUGAUAAUACAGUAUGUUCUAUGUGAUAAUACAGUCUGUUCUAUGUGAUAAUACAGUCUGUUCUAUGUGAUAAUACAGUCUGUUCUAUGUGACAAUACAGUAUGUUCUAUGUGAUAAUACAGUAUGUUCUAUCUGAUAAUACAGUCUGUUCUAUGUGAUAAUACAGUAUGUUCUAUGUGUGUUGAUUGUGUCCAGAUACAGAAGACACCCGUCUGAAUAAGGAGUGUAACAGUAAACCAGUGUGUCCUGCUAAGUGUCGCUGUGAAGCUAACGUGGUGGACUGCUCUAACCUCCGCCUCACCAAGUUCCCCGAACACCUACCUGCCUCUACCACCGAGCUGUAAGGACACACACACACACACACACACACACACACACACACAUACACACACACACACACACACACACACACACACACAAAGUAUAAUGUUGUUAUCUAUUGCUGCUUUAUGUCUGUUCUCUGAGUUUUCUCCUCCUGUCUCAGUCGUCUCAACAACAAUGACAUCUCAGUGCUGGAAGCCACCGGCGUCUUCAAGACCCUCUCUCAGCUCAAGAAAAUGUAUGUUCUCUCAAUUUACCAUCUAAAGUGUUAAGUUAACCACCAUUGUUCCUUUUUUUGUUAUUAAUUCAUCAUAUUAAUUCAUAAACAUUUUAAUAAUAAUAUAAUAUGAAUAAUAUAAUUAAUAAACAUACUGUAACUGCUGAUAAGGUGUAACAAGGCAUAAUAUUUCAAACAAAUAUCUAAAAGGCAUUCAUAUCUAUUCAUUAGUAACCAUAAAAGGCCACAUAUCAUGUAUGUUAUUGGAUAAUUCAGUUGACCAUUGGUUUGUUGUUUGUAACAAGCAUAAUCUGUGUUUUUCAGUAACCUUAGCAACAACAAGAUCUCAGAGAUCGAAGACGGAGUGUUUGAGGGGGCGGGGUCUGUGGUGGAGCUCCACCUGACAGCCAAUCACCUGGACUCUGUCAGAGGGACCAUGUUCAGGGGCAUGGACGGCCUCCGCAUGCUGUGAGUUAGCACCUUCAGCAUCAUCAUCAUUAUCAUCAGCAGCAUCGUUUUCAUAGUCACCAUUUCCAUCUUCAUCAUAAUUAUUUAAGUAAUAAGGCCCGAGGGGUGUGGUAUAUGGCCAAAUAUACCACGGCUAAGGACUGUUCUUAUGUACGAUGCACUGCGGAUUGUCUGGACACAAUCCUUAGCCGUGGUAUAUUGGCCAUAUACCACAAACCCCCGAGGAGCCUUAUUGCUAUUAUAAACUGAUUACCAGCGUAAUUAGAGCAGUAAAAAAUACAUGUUUUAUCAUACCCGUGGUACAGUGGGGAAAAAAAGUAUUUAGUCAGCCACCAAUUGUGCAAGUUCUCCCACUUAAAAAGAUGAGAGAGGCCUGUAAUUUUCAUCAUAGGUACACGUCAACUAUGACAGACAAAAUGAGUAAAAAAAAUCCAGAAAAUCACAUUGUAGGAUUUUUAAUGAAUUUAUUUGCAAAUUAUGGUGGAAAAUAAGUAUUUGGUCAAUAACAAAAGUUUCUCAAUACUUUGUUAUAUACCCUUUGUUGGCAAUGACACAGGUCAAACGUUUUCUGUAAGUCUUCACAAGGUUUUCACACACUGUUGCUGGUAUUUUGGCCCAUUCCUCCAUGCAGAUCUCCUCUAGAGCAGUGAUGUUUUGGGGCUGUCGCUGGGCAACACAGACUUUCAACUCCCUCCAAAGAUUUUCUAUGGGGUUGAGAUCUGGAGACUGGCUAGGCCACUCCAGGACCUUGAAAUGCUUCUUACGAAGCCACUCCUUCGUUGCCCGGGCGGUGUGUUUGGGAUCAUUGUCAUGCUGAAAGACCCAGCCACGUUUCAUCUUCAAUGCCCUUGCUGAUGGAAGGAGGUUUUCACUCAAAAUCUCACGAUACAUGGCCCCAUUCAUUCUUUCCUUUACACGGAUCAGUCGUCCUGGUCCCUUUGCAGAAAAACAGCCCCAAAGCAUGAUGUUUCCACCCCCAUGCUUCACAGUAGGUAUGGUGUUCUUUGGAUGCAACUCAGCAUUCUUUGUCCUCCAAACACGACGAGUUGAGUUUUUUUCAAAAAGUUCUAUUUUGGUUUCAUCUGACCAUAUGACAUUCUCCCAAUCCUCUUCUGGAUCAUCCAAAUGCACUCUAGCGAACUUCAGACGGGCCUGGACAUGUACUGGCUUAAGCAGGGAGACACGUCUUGCACUGCAGGAUUUGAGUCCCUGGCGGCGUAGUGUGUUACUGAUGGUAGGCUUUGUUACUUUGGUCCCAGCUCUCUGCAGGUCAUUCACUAGGUCCCCCCGUGUGGUUCUGGGAUUUUUGCUCACCGUUCUUGUGAUCAUUUUGACCCCACGGGGUGAGAUCUUGCGUGGAGCCCCAGAUCGAGGGAGAUUAUCAGUGGUCUUGUAUGUCUUCCAUUUCCUAAUAAUUGCUCCCACAGUUGAUUUCUUCAAACCAAGCUGCUUACCUAUUGCAGAUUCAGUCUUCCCAGCCUGGUGCAGGUCUACAAUUUUGUUUCUGGUGUCCUUUGUCAGCUCUUUGGUCUUGGCCAUAGUGGAGUUUGUAGUGUGACUGUUUGAGGUUGUGGACAGGUGUCUUUUAUACUGAUAACAAGUUCAAACAGGUGCCAUUAAUACAGGUAAUGAAUGGAGGACAGAGGAGCCUCUUAAAGAAGAAGUUACAGGUCUGUGAGAGCCAGAAAUCUUGCUUGUUUGUAGGUGACCAAAUACUUAUUUUCCACCAUAAUUUGCAAAUAAAUUCAUUAAAAAUCCUACAAUGUGAUUUUCUGGAGAAAAAAAAUCUCAAUUUGUCUGUCAUUGUUGACGUGUACCUAUGAUGAAAAUUACAGGCCUCUCUCAUCUUUUUAAGUGGGAGAACUUGCACAAUUGGUGGCUGACUAAAUACUUUUUUCCCCCACUGUAUAUGGUCUGAUAUACCACGGCUGUCAGCCAAUCAGCAUUCAGGGCCCGACCCACCCAGUUUAUAAAUGUAUAUAACUCAUAUAUGUAUAUUUUAUUAUUCUGUUAUAUGUAUCAUCAUUGUCUUCAUCAUUAUCACAAUCUAUAGUGGAAGGAUAAUUGUUGUCAUCGAUAUAAAAUGGUGUCCUCACCAAUGACUACUGUUUCUCUGUGUGUUGUAGGAUGUUGAGGAACAACCGUAUCAGCUGUAUCCAUAACGGCAGCUUCACUGGUCUGACCAACGUCCGCCUGUUGUCUCUUUAUGACAACCAGCUCCACACCAUAAUGCCUGGGGCCUUCGACACACUGCCCAACCUCUCUACACUGUAAGACACACAUACACACAUUCACAAAUCUUCCUUGAAGAGUUUUAGAACUCUGUUAUUGACUGACUGCCUCUCUCUCUCUCGCUCGCUUCCCCCCUCUCUCUUUCUCCCUACCUCCCUCAGGAACCUGUUGGCCAACCCGUUUAACUGUGACUGUCGUCUGGCCUGGUUGGGGGCGUGGCUUCGUUCUAGACGAAUCGUAACGGGGAACCCUCGCUGCCAGAGCCCCUCCUUCCUCAGAGAGAUCCCACUGCAGGACGUAGCAGCAGCAGACUUCCGCUGCCAGGACGGUACGACACACACACAAUCACACAGUAACACACAUCACACACAAGGAUACAUAGAGAUUUGAUGAUUUCAUUGAUCGAAAGUGAGAUGGAUAUAAGUAUAUUCAAUUUCAGAAUAUGGAAAGUACUCUCUCCCUUCUGUCCCAGGUGCAGUAUUGGAUGACAGUAGCUGUGUAGCUCGUCCUCAGUGUCCCAGUGAGUGUACCUGUACCGAGACGGUGGUCCGCUGUAGUAACAAACACCUCCAGGCCCUGCCCAAGGGGCUGCCCCGCAACGUCACUGAACUGUAAGUCACAGACUGGGGUUAGAGGUCAGGGGUCAGGGCAAGGGGGCAGGGGACAAAGGGAAGGGUGCUAGGGGUUAGGGCUUAGAGAUCUGUAAUACACUUUUCUUACAUGCUCAGUUCACCAGUUAGUAGUUAGUAUUAUGUGUAAUAGGUAGGUAUAACCCUAUAGGCUGUUCUGGCUAGGACAAGGCAUACUGACUUACUGACUAGUAGGUGGUAUAACUUAGUUACUUUGUUUAACCACAGUGUCCUCUCCUCCUCCUCUCAGAUAUCUGGAUGGGAAAUUCCAUUGUAACCCAGUGUCCUUCCUUCCUGCCAGUGGUUGGUUGAACCAGUUCACUGGUCGUUACUGCAUGUAACAUGUCUGUUGGUGUAGUUCCAUUAUGUGUCUGUUAUGUGGCAUGGUUAUACUGGUUCUGUUAGUGUGUCUGUUACUGUGUUGGUUAGUGUGUCUGUUACUGUGUCGGUUAGUGUGUCUGUUACUGUGUCUGUUAGUGUGUCUGUUAGUGUGCAUGUUACUGUGUCUGUUACUGUGCCUGUUACUGUGUCUGUUACUGUGUCUGUUACUGUGUCUGUUGUGAGUUAACUAUUACUGUCUGUUACUGUGUCUGUUACUGCAUGGGCAGUGGUGUGUCUGGACUUAGUUCCCCAUUACUGUGUCUGUUACUGCAUGGUCAGUGGUGUGUCUGGACUUAGUUCCCCAUUACUGUGUCUGUUACUGCAUGGGCAGUGGUGUGUCUGGACUUAGUUCCCCAUUACUGUGUUACUGAUCCUCUCACUGAUAGUGAAUUGUACGCCAGUUUAUUGUGCCCUAGUGGUCACCAACCAUGGUCCUGGUUCCUACAGAGUGUACAGUCUUUUGUUACAACCCAGCACAACAGACCUUCAUUAGCUUAAUUGGUUGUUUUAGGGCUGGGCUGGAACAAAAACAUGUACACAAUGUAGCUCUCUAGGACCAGGAUGGUAUAGUGGUCUCUCUCCAGUUCCAUUUGUAACCAUGACCACCAGGGGGCGAUAUGGAGCCUGCUCUGCACUUGACUCCACUCCAGUCAACAACAGCAUUAUCCAAUCCACAACACACCAGCUCAUAGAUACCUCUGAUAGACUAGUGUGGGUUAAUAGUUAUACACUUAACACCUCCAUUUGACACAAAACCCCUUUAUUCUGCUUAGAUGGGAUAUGAAGUGUAUAGGAGGAGGGGUUGCUGCUGUGUGUCUGAUGAUACAUAUUAAACUGCAUGUACAGUUUGGCUACGUCUCAGAUGGCACCCCAUUCCCUAUGUAGUGCACUACUUUUGACCAUGGCCUAGGCUCUGGUCCUAAGUAGUACCCUAUAUAGGGAAUAGGGUACCAUUUAAUUGGGACACAGUCUAUGUAGAAUCCAGCCUGUGUAGGUAACUGGAUCUAAAGUAUUGAUUGUUUUUAACAUAAAGGCAUUCUGUUUAAGUAGUGAUUGUUUUUAAUGUAAAGUCAUUCUGCUUAAUUAGUGAUUGUUUUUAACAUAGUAAUUAUAUUUAAGUAGUGAUUGUUUUUAACGUAAAGUAAUUCUGUUUAAGUAGUGAUUGUUUUUAACAUAGUCAUUCUGUUUAAGUAGUGAUUGUUUUUAACAUAAAGUCAUUCUGUUUAAGUAGUGAUUGUUUUUAACAUAAAGUCAUUCUGUUUAAGUAGUGAUUGUUUUUAACAUAAAGUCAUUCUGUUUAAGUAGUGAUUGUUUUUAACAUAAGUCAUUCUGUUUAAGUAGUGAUUGUUUUUAACAUAAAGUCAUUCUGUUUAAGUAGUGAUUGUUUUAACAUAAAGUCAUUCUGUUUAAGUAUUGAUUGUUUUUAACCAUAAAGUCAUUCUGUUUAAGUAGUGAUUGUUUUUAACAUAAAGUCAUUCUGUUUAAGUAGUGAUUGUUUUUAACCCUUGUUGUUCCAGAGAUCUGAGUAACAACAGAAUCAGCUCCCUGUCUGACUCCUCCUUCUCCAAUAUGAGCCAGCUCACCACCCUGUGAGUCUCUCACACACACACACACACACACACACACACCACACAAAGGGGGAAAACAAACCCACACGAGAAUUAUAAUUAUUCUAAUGAGAAUUCUCUGCAAAAAAUAAGAAAAACAAUUAUAUUAUUUCAAUUCUUGUAUUCUUUUGAAAAGACUUCACCUCAUGUUCAUCAUCCUUACACUGUAUCUGGACUAGUGUAUUGUCAUAUAAUGUCAUAUUAGAACUGUAGAAUGUUGGUCAUCUAAUAAUGUCUCUGUGUGUGUUCUUCUGCUGACUGUGUUAUUGUGUGUUCCAGCAUCCUGAGUUACAACACUUACGCUGCAUCCCUCCUCUGGCCCUGGCUGGACUACGCUCUCUCAGACUGCUGUAAGGACCCACCUACACACACACACACACACACACACACACGUGUACACACACACAUACACAUAUAGCCUUAAUGUUUUGUGUUGCUCUGUCCCAGAUCUCUUCAUGGUAACGACAUCUCUGAACUACAGGAGGGGAUCUUCAGUGAUGUGGCCUCCCUGUCUCACCUGUGAGUGUUUGUGUGUGUGUGUGUAUGUGUCCAGUGUGUGUAUGUGUCCAGUGUGUGUAUGUUUCCUGUGUGUGUAUGUUUCCUGUGAGUGUUUGUGUGUGUGUGUGUGUGUGUGUGUGCAUUAUCCCACUCAGACACACACUCUUAGCAGUGACCACUUGCACCAUCUCCAUCUCCUCUCUCUGUCAGAGUCAAGUGCUUUCCCAAUCAGAGGGCGUGAUAUUGGAUUGGCAAUAAAGACACACACGAGUGAGGGUGUGGGUGUGUUCAAUGAAGCGUGACCUGUCUGGGACAAGCUAAAAGGGUCGGAGUGGAGGAGGGAGGAGAGAAGAGGGAGGAGGGAGGGGGGAGGAGAGAGGGGGGGAAGGGAGGGAGGAGAGAGAGAGAGAGGGGGGAGGAGAGAGAGGAGGAGGAGAGAGAGGAGAGAGAGGAUGGAGAGAGGACGAGAGAGGGAGGGGGAGCAGAGAGAGGAAGAAGAAGGGAGGGAAGGAGGAGAGGAGAGGAGAGAGAGGGACGGGAGGAGAGAGGGAGAGAGAGGAGAGGAGAGAGAGGCGAGAGAGGGAGAGAGAGAGAGAGGAGAGGGGAGGGAGGAAGAGAGAGGGAGGGAGGGACGGGAGGGAGGGAGGUAGGGGCAGAGAGAGGAGAGAGAGCGGGGGAGGAGGAGAGAGAGGAUGAGGAGAGAGAGGGAGGGGGAGGGAGGAGGAGAGGAGAGAGAGGAGAGGAGAGGGAUGGGAGGAGAGAGGGGAGGGAGGGAGGGAGGAGAGAGUAG